AUGGACAUCUUCAACCGACCGCCGGGUAUUUCAGAAGAUACGCUGCAAUACGCACUUUAUCCUUCUCCCGAUAACGCGGACAAGUCUUCCGUGACAGGUUUAGCAGCACUCAUCGAGGAAUACGUUAAGGAGCUUCUUCCGGACUUUAUCUGGCAUCGGGAUGCGUUCGAGCUCAAGGUCGUCCCAGACGACUACAAUUCAAGUAAAAAUAAGGAAAAUGAAGGGAAGUGGAUGCUCGAAGGACGUGUGCGUGUUGGAGACAGCGUCGAUGAUGAGUGGUGCGUCGUCUGGCUCUUAUGUGAGAUCAGCAAAAAGUGGGACGUUGCUGUAACUGUAUUCGACUCAGACGGCGAGUUCUUACUUAUUGAAGCUGCGGAAUACCUCCCGUCGUGGGUGACACCUAGUAACUCAGAGAAUAGAGUUUGGCUGUAUCGUGGCAACCUUCACCUUAUUCCGCUCUCAUACCAAUCGGCGUCGUCCACGAAACCGGAUCAGCAUCGUCGUCGAACUACCGGUAACGAGAGUGAUGAAGGAGAGAACUUCGCAGACGAAGAUGAUGCCGGCUGGUUAAGCGUGCAAGAUGCCUUGAAUGCUCUUAGGUCUAGCGAUCCUACUGAGGCACCGAAGGAGGUACAGAAUGCUGUGUGGAAGCGAAUCUCAAGUUAUUUGGAAAGCUACCCAGCUGCUGCUCGGCAACACAUUCACAUUACAAAAGCAUUCAUACCUGUUGAUGUUGCAAAAGCGCUUGUAAAGGAUCCAUCGUUGGUUCAGAGGGCGGUCGAGACUUUCUACACAAGAGACGCAAUUCAACUCAGAGCAGCUCACAAAAUGUCCCGUUUCCCACCUCAAACAUCUGGAUUAAGCCCUGUCCGGAUGACACGUACCGCAUAUGCACAACUAGUUGGGCAGAAGUUCCACCCUCCCAAGAUCUUCGGGCAAUUCAAAGAGCGUGAAGAGACAAAGGAAUGGAGAUGGAGGGACAUAGGCAUGAAGAUCGGAUGUGGAUUUGAGAUGCUAUAUCAAGAGACCAAGCCAAAAUCUGAUGCUUCAAGCGUUGAUGCUCAGAAAGCUUCUGUUGAAGCACGAAAAGACGCCCUGCGACGUAGACCGGAAUACAACGACUACAUUAAAAAGCUUAAAUCGAUGGGCUACUUCAAGAACGAGCUUGAAGGCUCUCAAUUAUGGAAUGAGCUAGAAGAUCGAGCGGCCGAGGUAUUCGUAAACUCAAGGCGAGACGAUGAUGCAUCUCGCCUUUCCUUCGCGACGCUCGUAAAUAAUGCCAUCGCCCAAGCAGGAGAGAAUCCGACCCUUCCUAACCUUGAGGAAGAACCCGACGAUUGGCUGAACGUAGACGCGGAGAACUUUGACGAGAAACUGGCAGAGACGAUGCGCCCGAAAGCGACUCCACCAGAAGAGAAAAAGGACGCCAUGGAUGUUGACCAACCUGACUCUACGGAGGACGCAGAGAAUCAGGCGGUGCAGGCUCAAGCAGACAAGUUGAAAAACUUGGCGAAGAAAGUAGAGAAAUUCGUAGAAGGUGAAGGUACUCUUGAAGGUGCUGUUUUUGAGGACGAGCAAAUGUCGGAAGACGACCAGUUGUCAGAAUUCAGCGAAGAGGAAUUCCCUUCUGAGUCUGAAGACGAUAAUAUGCAGCAGGUAGAAGAGACUGGGAAUGCUGCAGAGAAUGCAGCGCGAAAUGAAGCAAUGGCCAAGCUUGUUCCUGCACUCGAUCCAGGAGACUAUGGGAAAAUGCCCGCCGACUUCUAUAGCAACUCUCAACGAGUCGCUCCAGUGACAAUGGAGACCGAGGCGCGAGACGACUUAAAAACACAGUCUUUAACUUCUCCAGCAACCACAGGAAAAGGAAAGGCUGCGGCAACCGAAACUCCUCCGAAGUCCAAGCCGAUCCGACGACCAAUCUUACCUCGUGACGACUUUGACGGCGUAGACUCUGAUGACGAGACAGAUGAAGGAGUUGGGGAUGAAGAAGAAGAUGAGGAAGACCGUCCACAGGUCGUCGGUGAAAUAGAGAUUGACAUGCGCGAGGAACAAGACGAAUUCCUUGAGUUUUCGCGCACAGCUCUGGGUAUUUCUGAUGAUAUGUGGAAUGAUAUUUUGCGAGAACGGCAAGGCAGGGGCGCAUAUAUCCCUAAAGGCAUCGAGGUUAAGCAGUAUCGUCCUAAGGAACAGAAGCCAGAAGCUCUCCAGGAAAAGUUAGAUGAAGGGCCCAAGCUGCGGGAACCUCAAUCCGGCCCUCGACCAAACGUGAACCCAAACUUAGACUCAUUUGAAGCUGUCAUGGAAGCGAUGGAAGCAGAACUUCAGAAAGCGCGUCUUGCCAAGAAGCCUUUCAGUCCUGAAAAACUUUCAACUAAACCUGUUUCGAAGGGGAAAGGAAAAGAGAAAGCAGUUAACAAGGACGUGGACGAACAAAUGGACGCGGAGGAUGACGACAUUGAAGCAGCGAUGGAUGCUGAGUUGCGCGCUGCUCUGGAACGCGAGGAGGGCGAUUCGGGUGACGAGGAGCCGAUGGAUUAUGGAAUGAUUAGGAAUUUCCUAGAGAGCUUUAAGAGUCAAGCGGGUCUGGCGGGCCCAGUUAGCUCGCUGGCGGGGAGACUGGAACCUGGAUGGUUUCCCAGAGAUGAAUCCUGA